CAAGACCGAGAGGCGACUCCAAACGGCAAAACGCAAUCCCUCUGCGACUCCAAACGGCAAAACGCAAUCCCAAGAGCCAAGACGGCAAGACGGCAAGACCGAGAGGCGACUCAGGCGAGAACCGGAGAACGACGAGAUUCGAGAAGCCUGUCCGCGGCGUCCGCCUGCUGGCUGCACCGCCUGUCCGCCUGCUGGCUGCUGCGGCCUGCACUGCUGCAGCUCUGCGCCGACUCCGCCGAGAAGACUGAGCUCUGCGCGGCUGCGCCGACUCCGCCCGACCGGCGACCGCCCCUGCCGCCGACUACACUUCUGCAGUUCUGCAGCUCUGCACGACAGCCCAACAUGUAAAUAGGUAAUGAAGAGAUACUAUAACCCUGUUGAAGAAAAAGCUGAUGAAAGUAGCUCAUCAAAAAUUGUAGUGCCGGCUGUGCCGUCAACUACAAUUCAAGAAAACUCAACAACAAAUGACGAAGAGCAUACAAUCAUACAAUCAGUCGCCGCUAAUGAGUUUGAUGCUUCCCAACUUCCAUCUGACCCUGGAUUGAGAAUACCGAUCUCAAGGUAUCAUCCAAAUAUUAGAGAUCAAGUUCGAAGAGCAUAUUUGCAGAAAGGCCCUUGUCAACCAUUUGAACAUGACUUCCCAAUGAAGAUGGUUUCUGCAAAUAAAUCAAGAAGAUUUGUUCCGACUUGGUUUACUGAACAUGAAUGGUUGGAGUAUAGCAUAUCUAAAGAUGCUGCUUAUUGUUUGUAUUGUUACCUUUUCAAACCCAACAAAGGGAAACAAUCAGGAGGAGAUGUGUUUGUUUCAGAGGGAUUUAGCAGUUGGAAAGAUAAGGCCAAACUUAAUGUUCAUGUUGGAAAGUAUGAUAGUGAGCACAAUCAAGCUCGAAUGAGGUGUGAUGCAUUGAUGAACCAAGAUGCACAUAUUGAGACAACAUAUUUUUGUGAUCAACAUUCUAUUGAUAUCCCAAACAUGAAUGACACAUUCAUCCGUUUUGAUUCUCGAGGUCGCCCCGUACGUAAAGGAUCAACUCUUACUAAUUUGCAUCACUAUCGCUAUGAUCUAUUUUGUGCUGUGAUUGAUUUGCAACUGCAAGAGUUGGGUGAUCGCUUUUCAGAAGCUAGUACAGAGUUGCUACUAUGCAUUGCUUGCUUAUCUCCACGAGAUUCAUUUUCUGCUUUUGAGAAGAAGAAAUUGCUUAGAUUGGCCGAGUUUUAUCCCCGGGAUUUUUCACCAUUAGAUGUUUGUAUUCUCACUGAUCAACUUGAAAGUUAUAUCUUUGAUGUGCGCUCUAAUGCUUUUUUUAAGGAGCUCAAUGGACUUGGUGACCUUGCAGAGAAGUUGGUAGAAACUAAGAAGCACAAGGUGUUUCCUUUAGUUUACAAGUUGUUGACAUUGGCAUUGAUUCUUCCUGUUGCAACCGCUAGUGUUGAAAGAGUAUUUUCAGCAAUGAAUAUCGUGAAAGAUAGGUUAAGCAACCGGAUGAGUGACGACUGGUUCAAUGAUAGACUUAUUGUUUAUGUGGAAAAAGACAUCUUCUUGAAAAUUGACAAUGAUGUCAUUAUCAAACGAUAUCAAUCGAUGAAAACCCGUAGAUAACAGUUGUAAAAUUAUGAUGUUUUUGUAUUUGACUUUAAUGCAAACUUUUAUUCCUAUA